CUGAAUUCUAAAUUCUAAUACUACUGCUGGAUGCUAAUGGGCAAUUUCUCUCUUUCUUCCAUUAUACUACGUACGUUCAAAAGGUCUGGACUAGUCUGGCUCAUGGAACGAGGUUAAGGUUCUUCCCUUUUCGCACCUCUCUUCCCUUUUGCUUGCUUCUCACAACUUUUUGAACUUACUGCCCAAACUGUUUUGUCCUUCCACGUUGUUCCAUCAUCUGAGAUGAUCAGCACUCUAGGAAUCCGCAGCUGGAGAGCGACCUAUGUUAGUAUCAGCUUAUUCUUUCCCAAUUUCACUGACGCUUCCUUUUCUUUCAUCUCUUGUUAAACUCUUCUGCUGAUUUACUUCACAUCUCUAUCAUCAACACUGCCUUUCCAGUUCCCACCUCCUACUUAAUUCCCUCUCCCUCCUUCCAUCUUUUUCUCAUCGCAAUUUCCCAACUCCGCCAACUCUCAAAACUCUCAUCUCUUCUGCUCUAUACUUUCUCUGAAAUGGGUAGCCGUCAGGGCCUCACAUACAGCAGGCUUCACCAUUUUGCCAUUUCUGUUCUCAUUCUCCACCUGGUUUUUAGCUCAUCCCACCUGCGAAUAUUGUUCAACGCUGAAGGUAGACCAAUAGCUAAAACUGUUAGCAAUUCAAAGAUAGGUUCGAGGCCGCCGCGGUGCGAUCGGAAAUGCAGCGCUUGUGGGCACUGCCAAGCUAUUCAGGUGCCUACAAAUCCCCAAAUCAGAGACGGGCACCAGAAUUAUCCCAGAAACUCCACCACUACUGUUUCCACGAUUUUUCAUUCCAGAGGAGAUGAUUACUCCAACUACAAGCCCAUGAGUUGGAAAUGCAAAGAAUCUCUGCCUCUACCAUACUUGCUACUGCAGUACUGAUGAAUCAUGAAUGGUGACAAGUAAAUGCAAGAAGUCCGUAACUACUAAACGUGCAGGAACCAUCAAUGAAAACGUGUAGUUCUAAACAAAUCCGGCGGCAAAACUCCGGGUAGCGGAUGAAAGAUAAAAGUAGCAGAGAGUUUGGAAUAUAUGUAGUCUGGUUACAUAGACGGUACUGUUAGGUCUCCCUAGCAUUGCCCUUCGCACUCAUGUUACUACAACUGUUGUUUCACUCUCCCUAGCAACAAGU